ACAUCCCGUUCGGAGCAGUCCACAGGGCUUGGGUCCUCGACUUCUGGAACCCCUGGUAUCGGAGCUGCGCUUCUCCAACACGACGGGGGCAUCGCUAAACUGCGCUGUCGUUGGCCAGCCUCAACCGAGGGUCACGUGGUUGCGCGAGGGUGUCGAAGUGGAGCCCCUUCAAGGACUCUUGAUGCUCCUUCCAAACGGCACGCUACGAUUUCCACCCUUCGCAGCGUCGCAGUUUCGCCAGGAAGCGCACGGUGCCACAUACCGAUGCAGAGCAGAAAACGUUUUCGGAGCCAUCCUGAGCACGGAAGUGCGCGUGCGGGCAGUUGUGGAGCAAUACUACGAAGUGCAAGUGUACGACGAAUUCACCAUCGCCGGAAACACGGCCGUUCUUCGAUGUCACGUGCCGUCCUUCGUGCGUGAUGAUGUAAUCGUCGUCUCGUGGGAGCAGAAGAUUGACGACAAGACCGACACCGUUGCCAAUGGUGGUCGGAUGAGCGUGUUUCCUAGCGGAGAGUUGCAAGUGCGCCAAGUUCAACAGAGCGACGCUUCCACCGAAUUUCGCUGUCGUGCCUGGCACCGGCUAACUGGAGAGACCAAACUCAGCUCCUACGGCAGACUUGUCGUGACAGAUCUUAAAGUGAACGUCCCACCGCGCAUCACAAACGUGCGAUCUUCAGUCGUCGCAAACGAAGGUGACUCCGUGGAACUGCCUUGCGCCGCCCAGGGAUAUCCACCACCCAAAUACUUAUGGGAGAGACUGACCACGGCGGGCACUGCCAACCCGCACAAUGCCGUCGUCGUGGGAAGUUCGAGGCACGAACCGACCGAAGGAUCCCUGUUAAUCCGCAAGGUAGAGCCGCAGGAUGCCGGAAAGUACCUGUGCCUGGUCACCAAUGCCGUGGGCGAGGAACGGGCCAUCAUCACACUCGACGUGCGAUCUCCUGUGGAUGCGCGCCUAGAACCCGAGGUGCUGACCGCUCACGUCGGCCAGCCGGCAUCCCUACGUUGCGUGUCGGCUGGUCGACCCCCACCCCUGAUCAGAUGGUUCAAGGACGCCCAGGAGCUGCUGGACGACGGGGUGCGUGUUCGCCUGCUCGAUGACCGGCACCUCAUGCAACUGGCCACUGUGGCCACCCAGGAUGGCGGCAUAUACCAGUGCCUCGCCUACAAUGCUCUUGCGCAAGCGCAGGCAUCGGCGCAGCUCAUUCUUGGAGACACCGCUCCUGUUCUAUUGGAAUCACCCAAGGAUUUCAAAGUGAAACCCGGCGACUCUUUGCUCCUCAAGUGCGAAGCCACGGGAUCUCCGGCACCCAAGAUAACGUGGAGCGUCGAUGGCAUUCCUGCUCGCCACAUGAAGUCCAGCAGGGUCAACAUCAGCGAGGCUUCUCACGGCGACAACCACCUGGCGAGUUACGUGAACGUUUCUCGCAUCCGGACCGACGAGGCCGGCGUGUGGCGAUGCGUAGCCGUCAACUCGGCCGGCGUGGCAGAGGCGACUGCGCACGUGGCCGUGCAGGGACCGCCCGCAGUGCGACCCUUUGGUUCCAACCGCACCGCAGUGGCCACCGAAACGCUGGAGAUGCACUGCGCUCUGCUCACCUACCCGCUCAGAUCUGCUCACUGGGAAAAGGACGGGCGUAAGCUGCCCUUCCACCACCGCCAGAAGGUGUUUGCCAACGGCACCCUGCUGGUUCUGGCUACCACUGUCCAGGAUGCAGGGAAGUACACGUGCGUUGCUACGAACGAGGAAGGACAGAAAGCCAGUGCCAGCCUGCACGUCACCGUUAAAGUGCCUCCACUGAUCGAGCGGUUCGCCUUCGACGAGAACCUGCACGAGGGCAUGCGCACUCGAGUCUACUGCAACAUCGCUCGCGGCGACCCGCCAGUGCGCAUCACGUGGCUGCGAGACGGGCAGCCCAUCAAGUCCGGUCCCGACAUCGAGGUCCGCGUGCUCGACCCUUUCUCGGUGGCACUGGCCAUCGACAGCCUCAGUCCGAGCCACGACGGAAGCUACACCUGCGUGGCCUCGAACACUGCGGCCACGGUCAACUACACGGCGUCACUCAGGGUGCACGUGCCUCCGCAUUGGAUCAAGGAGCCAGCGGACACAUCAGCCGUGGAGGGACACAGUGCGAGCAUGGACUGCGUUGCCGAUGGCCACCCAGCACCUAGGGUCACGUGGGACAGAGGAGUCGUGGAGAGGAGCGCCACGGAAUAUCGACAGAUCCUGAGUGGCCCCGACUACCAAGUUUUCGAGAAUGGCACACUACGCUUGGCACAAGUGCGGGUAUCAGACCGGGGUUCGUACCUCUGUCAAGCCAGCAACGGCGUCGGCACUGGACUCAGCACGGUCAUUACGCUCAACGUCCAUGUGCCAGCGCGCUUCAACGAGUCCUACCGGAACCAGACCGUGCAGCGGGGUCACAGCGUCGGCCUCGAGUGCAGGGCCUCCGGCGAUGCGCCCAUCACCAUCAGCUGGAGCCGCAACGGACGCCGACUGGACACGCACAAAUUGCGGGGCUCGCGCGUGAAGAACAAGUCCCUGCCAGACGGUCUUGUGUCCACUCUGUCGCUGCCCGGGGCACAGCGGGAGCAUUCUGGAAUAUACGUGUGCGAAGCGGCCAACGAGUACGGCCAGGACGAGAAGCACAUCCGGCUCAUCGUGCAAGAACCACCAGAAUCGCCUCGUGGUUUCAACGUGACCAGCGUCAACAGUCGUUCCGCGAGCCUCACGUGGAGUGAGCCGUACAACGGCAACAGCCCCAUCCUGUCCUAUCUCAUACAGUACAAGAACGCCUCUGCGAGUUGGUCGGCGGACGCGGCCCCGUGGGUACGCAACGUGAGCGCGGGCCGCGACCAGACGUCGUGGACAGUGCGCAGUCUACAGCCUUCGACCUCCUACCACCUGAGGGCGGCCGCGGUCAACGCGCUGGGCGUGGGGCCCUUCACCGAGCCGCCAUUGCUGAUCACCACAGACGAGGAAGUGCCUGGGGGUCCGCCAACACAUGUUUCCGUCCAGACAAUGGGCCCACAAUCUCUCAAAGUCACCUGGAAGCCUCCGGUGCCCGAACUUCGUCACGGCAGCAUCCGGGGCUACUACGUGGGCUACAAGCUGCACAAUUCGAGCGACCUGCACCUCUACAAGACGGUCGAGAGCGGAGGAGAGGGUGACGAGGCACCCGGCGAAUGCUUGCUGAACAAUCUGCGCAAGUUCACCAAGUACAGCGUCCUGGUGCAGGCGUACAACGCUGUGGGCGCCGGACCGCGCUCCGACGAGGUGAUCGUCUCCACCGCUGAAGAUGUGCCUCAGGUGGCCCCAUCGGGCGUCCGCUGCUCAGCCAGUUCGGCUACGAGCCUACGAGUCUCAUGGGCAGUGCUGCACGAGAAGAGUUUGGGUGGCCUCCACAAGGGUUACCGCGUCCUCUACAAGACGGUCGACCAUAGUUUUUAUGUGGUUCUUGCCCUCACUCUUUCGUUCCACCUUACCCUGUUCGCUGUGCCAGGAUCGGAAGAAGUCGAGACAGCAUCGUCCCAGACGGGGUCCUCAUGGACCGAGCGCGACGUGUCUGCCGACGUCACGUCGGCCGUGCUGGCAGGCGUGGAGCCUUUCCGCAACUACAGCGUCCGCGUAGCCGCUCGCACUGGCGCCGGCACGGGAGCAUUCAGUGAACCAGUACACUGCAGCACACCCGAGGACGUGCCUGAGGCACCAGCGGACAUCAAGGCACUGGUUCUGGCACCGGACGCCAUCCUGAUCAGCUGGCUCCCACCACCCAAGGCAAAUGGCAUUCUCCAGCGGUACACUGUGUACAGCCGGGUGCAUGCCCAUGCGCCCAACCAGACGCCAUUGGGCAUGCACCUGUCGGCCACGAAGCACUCUCCCCAGGAUCAGCGCUUGGACGGGGGCGCUGUGCCCCGCAUUUUCCUGGAAGGGGCCUAUGCACAUGUGGUCGAGUGUGCCAGGCAUCCCGUCGUGGUGGUGUUACGAGGAGCCCGACGGGGCAGUCGCGAUCCCCCCUUCUUGCGCAGUGUCCUCAACGUCUCAGCCGGUGUGCCGGCGCGACCGGUGUCCGUGCCGUCGUCCCAGUUCUGGCACGAGACCCGCGGCUUGCGCACGGGUCAGCGUUACGAGUUCUGGGUGACAGCGUCCACGGGCGCCGGUGAGGGACCGGCCACGCGCAUCGUCACCCAGAGUCCGGAAGUACGGGCUCCCGCGCGCAUAGCGUCCUUCAGCCGGCAGGUGAGCGUUGCCCUGAAACAAGACCUGGAGCUUCCCUGCAGGACAGCAGGGCAGCCUACACCAGUGAGGGAGUGGCGGACAAGUUCCGGCCCAGUGCGUGAGAGUGACCGUGCUCGCGUGCUCCCCUCGGGCACCCUGCACAUCGAGGCAGCCGAGACAGGUGACGCCACCAACUACACCUGCCACGCGCACAACCUGUACGGGAGGGACGCUGUCCACUACACCGUCCGAGUUCACGCUCCUCGGAGACCUGCCUCCGUGAGCGUGCUGUCGACAACGUCAAAUAGCAUCACGCUGGGAUGGCUUGACAGGAACACCGCCAAGGGAGCGAACGUGCUCAAGGUCAAAGAGUACGAGGUGCACUACAAGAGGCAACAGGGCUCCUGGGACAUGGUGCGCGUGACUACUCCGCAGCCAAGGUCCAGUGGAGAUGCUGGAGCGAGAGACGCACCUUCGCCAUCGAGGUUGUCCUCGGCCACUCGCGUCAACGGCAGUUGGCUGGCCCACGAGCUGACCGGCCUUUCGUGCGGCACGCAGUACCACAUCUACGUGGUGGCUGUGGCAGACAGAGGUCGCAGCGAGCCGAGUGACACCGUGUUCGCAAGGACACAGGGAGGAGUACCCACAUCGCCCAAACGGGAGGCUUUCGUGACGCCUAACGCGAGCUCCUUGACCCUUCGUCCUUCCUCCUGGGCGUCCGGUCCAUCCGGCUGCCCCGUGUCGCACCUGGCCGUUGAGUACAGACCGCGCGAUGGCACGGGACCCUGGACGGUGGCUUCGCGAGCCCUGCAGCCUCGAGAGGGUCCCAUGACGCUGCACCACUUACGUCCAGACACCUGGUACAACUUGCGCGUCACGGCGCACACAGAGGCCGGCACUACCUCAGCCGAGUACGUCAUCCGGACGCUACCGGCUUCGGCCACGCUCGCAGGCACUGUGCUUCCCGAGUUGAUGGUCGUGAAUGGCGGUGGUGGCCCGGACGGCGACCUGCCGCUGUUGGUGCCCAUCGCUACUUCGCUCAGUUUGGCGCUGGCCUUCGCCACCCUCGUAUUGGCCUACGUCUGCUGCAGGAGGCGCGCAGAGCCCACAUUUGCCAAGGAUCGCGAGGGCCACCCAGUGGGAGGAGGUGGCCGCAGCGCCAGCAACGACGCCCUUGCCGAGUCGGAGCUGAUGAAGCGAUCCAGCAUCGACAACGUCCUCUCUACGCUCACCUCGGCAUCAGGCCGCCGGGGGUCGUCCUGCCAGGCCUCACCGGGACGCCACUCAGUGGUGGCGCCCGUAGCCACGCCCACGCAAGGUUCGAUUGAUGACAUAUCAGGGUAUGCACCGUUUCCGGAAACCCAAAUAAAGUCCAGAAUAGUGCUCAAGAAAUCGCAGGAACAGCCUGUAGCAAAUACUAGAACGAAGAGGCCAUUUUCAAUAAAUAAUCUCACUUGCAACGAUGAUGCUCAUAAGGGAGACAAAGGAGCAGAAGCCGCCCACACACCGACAGCACAGUUCAACCACUACGACAACCCAAAAGCGACGAAAGCUGUGGGUUGUCCCAAGAAGUGGCAGCAUCCGGCCGAAAAGGGCAGUCGGCCCUAUGUGAUACCGCAAGGAAAUAAGUCCACACUGGAAAUGGAGACGGAAGGGGACGAGUCACCACGAUGGUCACGAUCACGAAGAACCAGCAGUAACUUCGCGAACUCAGGAUCCACCAUGGUAGAGAAGACUUACUUCUUUAGCGGAGAAGAAUUGCACGGCGAUGUAAAAGCAUUUUGCGUGGCGCUGUCCCCAAGAAUGGCAAUGGACUAUGCAUCAGAAGAAAUCAAGUUUUCUUAGAAGUGACAGUGUCUUACAUAUAUAUAUACACUGAAACACAUCACACAAGGAAACCACACAAGCCUGGGUGUGCGUGGACAGUUUAUACACCUUUCAAAGUACAAAACAUCUUUGUACACACAAGUAUUCUAUGCAGUACACCUUGUACAGAACAUG